ACCUCAGGUAGUAGUGUGUAUUUCCAGCAGGAGGUGGCGGUGCUCGGAACAUUUUAUCCACCCGCAGGGGUCACCGGCCACCGAGCGGUUUGGUUUGUAUGCCCCGAUUGAGUAGUAAGUGUCAUAUCUCCGACAGCACUUGAACGCACCACGUCUCCGUACCUCUACAAGCAGCAGCAGCAGCCCCAGCUCCUCUCAGCUUCUGUAACCUAAACAAUGAGUCCUACUACAGCGGAGGAAAGCACAGCAGUAUAAUGUGUUACGCUGCAUCUAAACCCUGCGUUUCGCUGCAAUUCCGACCACUCACUUAAAUGUGCCCACCGUAAACAUGUGGAUACCUACUGAGCAUGAGAAAUACGGCGUCGUGCUGGCCAGUUUCCGAGGGACCGUCCAGCACGGCCUGCCCCUGGAAAUUGGAGACACGGUGCAGAUCCUGGAGAAAUGUGAAGGUUGGUACAGAGGAUUCAUCCUGAAGAAUCCUAACAUUAAGGGGAUUUUCCCAUCCAACUACAUCCACCUGAAAAAUGCCCAUGUUAAGAAUAAAGGGCAGUUUGAGACGGUCAUCCCGGUGGAGGACUCUGUCAUCACAGAGAUGACGCUGACGUUGCGAGACUGGGGCGCCAUGUGGAAACAGCUCUACGUGAAGAACGAGGGGGAUUUGUUCCACCGGCUUUGGCACGUGAUGAAUGAAAUCCUGGACCUCAGGAGGCAGGUACUGGUGGGCCACCUCACCCAUGACCGCAUGAGGGAUGUUAAGCAGCACAUCACAGCCAGAUUGGACUGGGGCAACGAACAGCUGUGCCUGGACCUGGUCCCCCGGCGAGAGUUCAGCAUGGUGGACCCAGAUGAAAUCAGCGUCACAGAGCUUUACAGACUGAUGGAACACCGUCAUCGGAAGAAGGAGACCUCUGCACCUGCCAGCACCCAUCACCUGUUUGUUCACGUCAAGAGCCUGAUGAGCGCCAACCUGGGGGAGGAGCUAGAAGUCUUCUUUCACAUCUAUGAUGGACGAGAGAAUCGACCUCUGAGUGAACGCUUCUUUGUCAGGCUGAAUAAAAGCGGCUUGCCCAAGUCGCCGGAGAAGACAGAGAGGCAGUGCACACUGUUCGUGGAUUUGGGAAGCAGCGAUUUACGCAAGGACGUCUACAUCGUGGUGCACAUCAUCAGAAUAGGGAGGAUGGGAGCCGGAGAGAAGAAGAACCUGUGCAGCGUGCAGUACCGACGGCCGUUCGGCUGCGCUGUCGUCAGCAUCGCUGAUCUCCUCACUGCUGACUCCAAGGAUGACCACCUGCUCAAGGUCUAUGCGUGUAACACAGAGAGUGAAUGGCACCAGAUUCAUGAAAACAUCAUCAAAAAGGCUAACUCCAGAUACAACCUGUCGGGCUCAAACACAGGUCUAGCAGUCGCCCUCCAGCUCCUUCACGGAGACAUCGAACAGUUACGACGAGAGUAUAUGGUCCUCUUCACCCGGGGUGUGUCCAUCACCAGGAAGUUGGGCUUCUCUGACAUCAUCAUGCCAGGUGAGAUGAGGAACGACCUUUACGUCACGCUGGAGAAAGGAGAGUUUGAGAAGGGCGGCAAGAGCGUUGCCAAGAAUGUGGAAGUUACUCUCUACGUGCUGGAUAUUGAUGGACAAAUACUCAAGAGUCAUGUGGCUGCAGGUUCUGGCGAGCCCGGUUCCGAUGAGUACCACUCUCUGGUGUUGUACCACAACAACACCCCCCGCUGGGCAGAACAGAUCAAGCUUCCCAUCCCGGUGGACAUGUUUCGGGGGUCGCACGUACGCUUCGAGUUCCGACACUGCUCCACUAAAGACAAGGGAGAGAAGAAACUGUUCGGCUACUCGUUUGUUCCUCUGAUGCAGGAGGAUGGCAGGACUCUGCCAGAUGGCACACAUGAGCUGAUUAUACACAAGUGUGAAGAAAACACCAGUUUGGUCGACUGUUCGCGGUACCUGAAACUGCCCUUCUCCAAAGCCAACCUGCCGUCCAACAACCAGACCUUGAAGGGCCCCAAGGAGUCUUUCUGGAUCACCAGCUUCCUUUGUUCCACCAAGCUCACUCAGAAUGGCGACAUGCUGGACCUGCUGAAGUGGAGGGCCCAUCCUGAGAGGAUCAACGAAAGCCUCUCUAAGCUGAAGGGGAUCGAUGGAUCAGAGAUCGUCAAAUUCCUGCAGGACACUCUGGACACCCUUUUCGGUAUCUUAGAUGAAAGUUCUCAGAGAUAUGGGUUGAAGGUGUUUGACUCCCUGGUCCACAUCAUCAACCUUCUCCAGGACAGUAAAUUCCAGCACUUCAAACCAGUCAUGGACACCUACAUCGAAAGCCACUUUGCUGGAGCGUUGUCCUACAGGGACCUGAUCAAAGUCCUGAAGUGGUACGUGGACCGCAUCGUGGAUGCAGACCAUCAGGAUCACAUACAGCAAGUGCUCAAGGCCAGCGAGUACAUCUUCAAGUACAUCAUCCAGUCUCGUCGGCUCUUCUCGUUGGCCACAGGAGGUCAGAACGAGGAGGAGUUCAGGGUCUGCAUCCACGAGCUCUUCAUGUCCAUCCGCUUCUUCCUGUCGCAGGACAACAAAGGCAUCAGCCCCGUGGCUCAAACACAGGCGGUGUUCCUGCGGACGUUUCCUGCGGUUUACAACGAACUGCUGAAAAUCUUCACCGUCCGAGAGGUGGCCGGGUUUGUCAGGGAGAUGCUGGGCAGCCUGCCCACCACUGUGCACGCUGACUGCCCCCUGGAGGCCGUCAAACUGCAGUGCAUUGCCAAAACGGUGGAAUGCCAGCUUUACAUUAACCCAGAAUCCCGGUGCAUCCUGUUGCCGGUCAUCCUGCGUGUCCUGCAGGCCCACAUGCAGGAGCAGAGAGACCAGGUCAUGUGCGCCCGCAUUCUCACCAGCAUGUUGUCCCUCAUUAAGAAGGAGGAGAACGGCACGCCUGAGCCCGUGGUGUCAGAGGAGGUGGAGCUCAUCGUGGAGAGCCUGCUGGGAGUUCUCCUGAGGACCAUCCUGGAGAUUAGCAACCGGCCCCCGUCCACUGGGCCGUCCAUGAGACUUCAGUACCAGGACGUCACCGGAGAGUUUGUGGCUUGUUUGUUGGCACUGCUGCGACAGAUGAGUGACAGACACUACCAGCAGCUGCUGCAGGGAUUCAGCAACAAAGACGACCUGAGGGACUUCCUUCUUCAGAUCUUCACUGUCUUCAGGAUCCUGAUUCGACCAGAAAUGUUUCCCAAAGACUGGACUGUGAUGCGGUUGGUCACCAACAAUGUCAUCAUCACCACGGUCCUCUACCUCUCCGACGCCCUGAGGAAAAACUUCCUCAGUGACAGCUUCGACUACAAGGUGUGGGACUCGUACUUCUGUCUGUCUGUAAUCUUCAUCAACCAACCCUGCCUACAACUGGAGUCCUUCUCUCCCUCCAAGAGGAAGAAGAUACUGGAAAAAUAUGGAGACAUGAGGGUGAUGAUGGGCUGUGAGAUCUUCAGCAUGUGGCAGAACUUAGGAGAACACAAGCUGAACUUUAUCCCGACCAUGAUUGGUCCAUUCCUGGAGGUGACCCUGGUGCCGCAGCCCGAUUUGAGGAAUGUCAUGAUCCCAAUCUUCCAUGACAUGAUGGACUGGGAGCAAAGACGAAGUGGCAAUUUCAAACAGGUGGAGGCGAAGCUGAUCGACAAACUGGACAGCCUGAUGUCCGAGGGCAAAGGUGACGAGACGUACAGGGAGCUGUUCAACAGCAUUCUGCUGAAAAAGAUUGAGAGGGAGACGUGGAGGGAGAGCGGCAUCUCUCUGAUCGCCACCGUCACCCGCCUGAUGGAGAGACUGUUGGACUACAGGGACUGUAUGAAGCUGGGAGAAGUGGAUGGCAAGAAGAUCGGAUGUACUGUCAGCCUACUGAACUUCUACAAAACCGAGCUGAACAAAGAGGAGAUGUACAUCCGCUACAUUCACAAACUGUACGACCUGCACUUGAAAGCACAAAACUACACAGAGGCGUCGUACACUCUGCUGCUGUACGACGAGCUGUUGGAGUGGUCCGACCGGCCGCUGAGGGAGUUCCUCAACUACCCCAUGCAGAGCGAGUGGCAGAGAAAGGAGUUCCUCCAUCACACCAUCGUCCAGAACUUCGACAGGGGCAAGUGCUGGGAGAACGGCAUCAUCCUGUGCAGAGAGCUGGCCGAUCAGUACGAAUCCUACUACGACUACAGGAAUUUGAGCAAGAUGCGGAUGACAGAAGCCUCCCUCUAUGACAAGAUCAUGGACCAGCAGAGACUGGAACCCGAGUUCUUCCGCGUCGGUUUUUAUGGGAAAAAGUUUCCCUUCUUCCUACGGAAUAAGGAGUUUGUGUGCCGCGGCCAUGACUAUGAGAGGCUCGAAGCGUUCCAGCAGCGGAUGUUGAACGAGUUCCCCCACGCCAUCGCCAUGCAGCACGUCAACCUGCCAGAUCAGACCAUAUACCAGGCUGAUGCACAGUACCUGCAGAUCUACGCCGUGACGCCGAUCCCAGAGAGUCAGGAUGUGCUGCAGAGAGACGGAGUGCCAGACAACAUCAAAAGCUUCUACAAGUUCAAUCACAUCUGGAGGUUCAGAUACGACCGACCCUUUCACAAGGGCACCAAAGACAAGGAGAACGAGUUCAAGAGCCUGUGGGUGGAGAGGACAACGCUGACUCUGGUCCAGAGUCUUCCCGGCAUCUCCCGCUGGUUUGAGGUGGAGAAGAGAGAGGUGGUGGAGGUGAGCCCGCUGGAGAACGCCAUAGAAGUGAUCGAGAACAAAAACAUGCAGCUACGCACACUGAUCACGCAGUGUCAGAGCCGGCAGAUGCAGAACAUCAACCCGCUGACCAUGUGCCUGAACGGGGUCAUCGACGCCGCCGUCAACGGGGGGCUGGCCCGCUACCAAGAGGCCUUCUUCGUGAAGGACUACAUUAUGAAUCACCCCGAGGAUGGAGACAAGAUCGGGCGUUUGAGGGAGCUCAUGUUCGAACAGGUCUGCAAAGAAAAACAGAAAGAGUUUCCGGCGUACGUGCGGGCCAGCCCGGUGCACUUCACCAACGGAAGUCCACGCCCGUGCAGAAACUCCAUUCCAAGCAUUAUCAGCCCAGAUGGUGGCAGAGGAGUAACCAGACGCAGCUACCCGGCGGUGAACCGCUACUCCUCGUCCUCUCUGUCGUCCCAAGCUUCCAAUGAGGUCAGCAACAUCACGGGCCAAUCAGAGAGCUCCGACGAAGUCUUCAACAUGCAGCCCAGCCCAUCUACCUCAAGCCUCAGCUCCAAUCAUUCUGCCUCGCCCAAUGUUACCAGCUCAGCGCCCUCUAGUGCCAGAGGUUCACCACAAAUGGCUGAGAAACACAAGCAUUCCAGAGAAAACACGUGUUUAUCUCCCAGAGAGCGGCCGGUCAGCGCCAUCUUUCCAAACCCCCUGGACCCCACACAGAGAGCGCCCCCUCAUCAGAUAGGUGAUUCCACUUUGCCAAGGAGUGACCCUAACCUCUCGGCACCAGAUAAAGUGAAACCCACCCCCAGUAGCUGGAGCCUAGACAGCGUCAGAGAAGGCGCUGCGUUCUUCUCUGACUCUGUUGGCAAAUUGCCAGGCCCUCCUGUGCCUCCCAGGCCUCCGUACUCAGGCUCCUCGGCCAAGAACAUGAGGUCUCAGUCCCCGGCUCCUACGUCCAGAUCACCACAAAAGACCACCGUGCCCCCGUUCACCCCUUCACCCACAGAGUGCCAGUCUGCUGGUCUGGUGUCCAGCUCACCUGUGCUGUCUGGCAGCUACAGCAGCGGCAUCUCCUCCCUCAGCCGCUGCAGUGUAUCAGAAGCAUCUGGUACUGAGCUGCCCGUGGGUGACCACCCUCCCUACCCUCUGCCUCCUCCGACCACCCUGCCGAACUCCAUCUCCAGUAGCUCUGACGAGCCCAUUCGCAGGGAGAACAAGACGCCGCCACCUUACAGCGUGUAUGAAAGGAACAACCCCCGCAGACCUGUGCCACUGCCCCACAGUCUGUCCAUCCCCCCGCAGACGGACCCGCCUGCCCUGCCACCUAAGCCCCACCAGCUGCGCACAGGCAGCAUGAAGCUGGAGGGAACCUCCGACCCUCGAGUCCCACGGCCACGGCCACUGCCCAGAAAGGUGUCACAGCUAUAGGUGCUGCUCAAAGGUCCAGGUCUGGGAGUCGAGGAUAGAGGCGGGAAAACACACACACUGGCGUAAUUUGCACUUUUCUACUGGGCACUCACUUGUUUAUUCAGAUUUUUUUUUUUUUUUGCAUUCCUGAACUACACCCCAAUAAAAGACACAAGCAAAUAGAUUUACAGGCAGCCAGGAAAACUGAAGGAAAUGUCAGACGUGGAAGUUUCUUUUGUAUUUACUGAAGGGCAUUGCACUGACUUUGACUCGGUCAUUCCGCACUUUUAGCUCUCGUACGUACGUGUAGGUUACCACAGUCAGUCGCAACAUGUUUACCAGAACACAGUUUUGAUAGAUGUAAUAAUCUCAAAUGUAUGUAUAUUGGUAAUAUACAGUAUGGACAUUUUUUUUUGCCUUAAGUAUUGGGAACAAAGUCUUUUAUCCGUAAGUCUUGCACGUUUUCUUAUUUUUAACAACUCCUACAUUUGUAAACUGUAUGGCUUAUAAGGUGCUAGAGGCCUUGGGUAUGCAUUUGGUUAAAAGUGUAGUAGAUGUGGGUGUGUUCUCAUAGAUUAGGUCACACAAUCAAUGGUACAGAGAAGCCACAAAUAGUUUGACUUACAAAACAUAAAUCUCCUUCUGUACCAGAAAUGUUUUUGUUUUUUAAACGCCAACAUUUCAAUGGCUUUAGCACAAUACUGAUGCGUUUGAGACACGUUGACAUUGAGUGGCAGCCAAUUUCCAAAUAUAAGCCUCGGAAUUUCAGUAAUUGGAAUCACAACACCGGACCAAACACAUGCGUUAAACCCAAGUGCAAUUUGUCAAGGGUCAAUGAUAUUUCUGUGAACAUAACCUAACUCCUCUCCGUGACAAAAAUAGAUUCAGGAGGGAUAAUCAAGUAUUGUGCCAAAGGAAAACGAACAUUGUGCUGUGAAAAGAAAAAAAAAAGAUUAACGGAAAUCUUGUAAAAGCACAAGAAAGGCUUUUUCACCGUAUUGUCAUUUCUCCUGAGAAAAAUGUAGUGAUCACUUAGGAAAGCACAAAUGUUUUCAUCCGUACUGUUACUCGGAAGUUUUCGCAGCGAGUGGAACUAAUAGUUUCACCGUCAGCUCUCAACGACGAGUGACUGUCAGAGAAAUAUUUACAAAUUAAUCAUUGUCAAAUUCUUUGUACGGCUACGAUUUACUUUGUUUGAUUAAAAAAAGGAAACAAGUUGCAUUCACUUUACUCACUCACUCUGAGUACCAACUUACUCUGUUUCGACAACAUUGCAUUUGGGCAGGAAAUUGUUUUAUUGCGUGGCGAGCAGCUUUUGAGAAAAAGUAAAUUGACCUAACAUGUUGGUUAACCUAAAAAAUCGUGCAACCUUUUGAUGGAGAGCGGGUGGGAUAAAUUGUGCGGGUUGGGGUGGGGGGCUAGCUUUAGUAACAUUUGUAUGUUCCACCAGAAACUGUAAAUUAUAUGAUGAGAUUAAUGUAUGUAUGCCAAAUAUAAAAUUUGUGUAUUACAAUUAAUGUAAAUAUUGUGUUUUUACCAAAAUGUAGCUAUAACAAUUUACAGCUUUGAAUGUAAUGUUAAAGCAGCAAAUGAUUAUUAUUAUUAUUAUUAUUAUAAAUGUUCAAACUUU